AUGAAUGGUAAAAAAUACACAAGCUAUAAAUAUGGAAUGUUCGAAAAGAUGCUAGAUGAAUGGCUUGGUGUAGAUAGAAAUGGUGAUAACUCAAAGCAUCUAAUUACUAGCUACGAAGAUCCAAGAGUUUGUAAAUAUAGUUUGGCUGGCUGUUGCCCAUUUUCUCUUCUUGAUCAUACGAGAAUGUCAAAAGGACCUUGCAAGUUCGAAGUUUGCCCAUGCCCAUGUUCAUUAAAAGAAAAAUACAUUGCAGAUAAUAAAGGAUUUACAACAAAUUACGAUCAACAACUGUUUGAAAUCCUUGAUAGUAUAAUUAUAGAUGCAAAUAAAAGAAUUACAGUUAGUAAAAACUACCAACAGAGCAAAAGUGCUGAUGUCCAGAUUAAUCCUGAACUUCGCGACUUAGAUACAAAGAUUGAUCGAUUAAUGAGAUCAUCGCGUGAACAUGGCCUCGCUGGUGAAGUUCUUCGAGCAAUGUCAGAAAUGAAUGAAGCACAAUUACUUGUCGAAACAAGAAAGAGCAAAGAACAAGAAUUACUAAAGAACUCCAUAGAUAAAGAGCAGAAAAUCCAUAUAUGUGACGUUUGCACAGCUGUUAUUCAAAGGGCAGAUAUGGAUAACAGAAUGGAAGACCACGUACUAGGACGCCAACACCAAGCUUACGUUAAAAUUAGAGAGACAUACGAAAUGCUCAAAAGCCAAGGCCUUGUAAGUAAAAAACAUCGUUCUGGUCCUGGAAUUCCGAUACGUUCGAGAAUGGGUGCACAAGCCUUGCAAGUCAGAAGAUUAGUUCCUCUUGAUUUGGACUGUUAA